AUGAGCAAAGUGGCCAACUGCAAGUUCAUACUCGGAGAGAAUCUCACUACUAUGCAGCACCGUCGCCUUGUCAUGGAUCUCUGUGUAAAACCCAAAGACAAUCGUGUCGAGCGGUGGUGGUUGCUUAAUGAAGGCAGGUCGCGGAAGUUUGCCUCAGCCAUCGGGGACAAGUGCGUCGACACUGAAGGCGAAUUUGUGCAGGUGUACUGGAACAAGAUUCAGGCGGCUGUGACGCAAGUGUGA